AAAAAAAAAAAAAGCAUAAAAAAAAUGAGUGUGGGUAACAUACUUCUUAAUUACACCACAAAAAGUUACUCAUUUUCUAGGUAGCAGAUAUUCAAAUUUUUUUCUAUCAUUCAAUUUGCUCUGUAGCACUUGCAUUCAAUGAAUAUUAGAAAAUAAAAAUUAAAUUUAGUAGUGGUAUCCCAAAGCCAAAUACAAUAGUACAUAUACUACACUCCAAGGUGUUUUAUAUUUAACAACAUAUUAUGUAUGAGUAUUUAUAUCCUUAUGAAGUACUUGAUAAAAAAUAUUAAAUUUUUUUUUAUUUGACAGGUAGAGUUAUAGACAGUGAGAGAGACAAUGAGAAAGGUCUUCCUUCCGUUGGUUCACCCCCCAAAUGGCCGCCACAGCCGGAGCUGUUCCAAUCCGAAGCCAGGAGCCAGGCGCCUCUUCCUGGUCUCCCAAUUGGGUGCAGGGGCCCAAGCACUUGGGCCAUCUUCCACUGCCCUCCCUGGCCACAGCAAAGUGCUAGACUGGAAGAGAAGCAACCAGGACUAGAAUCUGGUACCUCUGCAGGCGGAGGAUUAACCAAGUGAGCCAUGGCACCAGCCAAAAAAUAUGAAAUUCCUAUCAGCUCCAACAAAUGAAAUAUAAUCACUUUUAAGUAAAUACAAUAUUUAAAAUAUGAAAGGAUGGAGGCCUGUGCUGUGGCAUAAUAGGCUAAACCUCCACCUACAGCUCCAGUAUCCCAUCCGGACGUAAGUUCGAGUCCCGGCUGCUCCACUUCCAAUCCAGCUCCUUGCUAAUGACCUGGGAAAGCAGUGGAAGAUGGCCCAUAUGCUUAGGCCCCUGCACCCACACAAGAGACCCGGAAGAAACUCCUGGCUCCUGACUUAGAAUCAGCCCAGCUCAGGCCUUUGCGGCAAUUUGGAGAGUGAACCGGCAGAUGGAAGACUUCUCUCUCUGUCCCUCUCUCUCUCUCUUUCUCUGUAACUCUGCCUCUUAAAUAAGAAAAUAAAUCUUUAAAAAAUAUAUGAAAGGAUGGUAAUAGUUAAAGAAAGAAUAAGGUUUCAAGUUUCCACUUUCUCUGGAUUUUUAAAAUAAGGAUAGCUACUAAGGAAUUGUAAGAGACAAGGACUGAUAAAAAAAGAGUUUUUUUUCAAAAAAUUUAUUUAUUUAUUUGAAAGGAAGAGUUACAGAGAGGCAGAGAGAGAGAGAGGUCUUCCAUCCACUGGCUCACUCCCCCAAUCGGCCUUAGCUGUGCCAAUCCGAAGCCAGGAGCCAGGAGCCAGGAGCCAGGAGCUUCCUCCAGGUCUCCCACAUGAGUGCAGCAGCCCAAGCACUUAGAUCAUCUUGUACUGCUUUCCCAGGCCACAGCAGAGAGCUGGAUCAGAAGUGGAAUAGCUGGGUCUUGAACCGGCGCCCAUAUGGAAUGCAGGCACUGCAGGCCUCGGCGUUAACCAUCUAUACAACAGUGCCAGCCCUGAAACAAGAAUUCCUUUUAAAAAGUAUUAAUCUUAUACUCUAAUUGCUUUGAUUUCAUUGGUAAUUUAUUAAGUUACAGCUUAGACUAAAGCCAAAAUUCUGAUAUGUGUGGAGAAUUCUGUUUCAGAAGAAAGGUAAUAUGGUCAUUACAAGGGUUACCUAUCACAAAGAAUAAUUUCAUUUUCAGGUUGAGAGCCAUUUUGAGCUCUCCUUACUAGCAAGUUCACCUGAGUAGCUUGGUUAUUUGGUCAGAUAUGUAAUUUAUUAUAAUAGGUAGUAUAUAAUUAUUUGACUCUACUAUUUUUCUCUUAUCUUUUUAAAGCAAAUUAACUACUUAGGUCUACAAAUCCUCCUAAACACUUUGACAUUUUCCUAAUUCCAUAAAGUGAUCAUAGAAUUCUAGGGAUAUACCAAAUAGUUUUCUUAUUUCCCUUUAUAUAACCUCUAGAGCCUGAUUAAAAAUGCAUUAUAUUUCCCCUAGUUUCCACAAGCCCCAUGAUGUCAUCAAUGUAAUGUUGAAUUGAGUACAAAAUUGUUAUAAUUUUGAAUACUGCCUUACAUAACAUUUUAUCAUAUUAUACAAUACACAUUUUAUACACUAAUGACAUGCUUUUAAAGUUUCUCUGCUGUGGACAAAGAGAAAACCAUAACCAAAGUUCAUAUGAUUUUUAAAAACAAUUCUAUAAUGGUAAGGAUUUGACUGAGUGAAUAGACUAGUUUACUCAUCAAAAUUGUUUUAUUUGAGUCAUACCUUCAGAAAUGUUUUGAAAGUUAUUUUUAUUAUUAAUCAUUGGAUUUCUUAAAUGCAAAUAAAAAGAAAACGUGAUCUGCAUUCCAUUUUUUUAACCUAUGGGAAAACAUACACAUAUGCUUUCUUAAUUUUUCUGAAAGGAAGAGAAAAGAAUCUUGAAACCUUCUCUGAACUGUUUUUUCCCUCCUUUGUUACAGGUAGCCAUUUCUCAUCUACUUAAUCUUUAAAACAAAAGUAAAAAAAAAAAUGGAUUUUUUAAACUCAUCUGAUCAAAACUUGACCUCAGAGGAACUGUUAAACAGAAUGCCAUCCAAAAUCCUGGUGUCACUCACCCUCUCUGGGCUGGCACUGAUGACAACGACCAUCAACUCCUUGGUGAUUGCUGCAAUUAUUGUAACCCGGAAGCUGCACCAUCCAGCCAACUAUUUAAUUUGCUCCCUUGCAGUCACAGAUUUUCUUGUAGCUGUCCUGGUGAUGCCCUUCAGCAUUGUGUAUAUUGUGAGAGAGAGCUGGAUAAUGGGGCAAGUGGUCUGUGACAUUUGGCUGAGUGUUGACAUUAUCUGUUGCACGUGCUCCAUCUUGCAUCUCUCAGCUAUAGCUUUGGAUCGAUAUCGGGCAAUCACAGAUGCUGUUGAGUAUGCCAGGAAAAGGACUCCCAAGCAUGCUGGCAUUAUGAUCACAGUAGUUUGGAUUAUAUCUGUCUUUAUCUCAAUGCCUCCUCUGUUCUGGAGGCACCAAGGAACUAGCCGAGAUGACGAGUGCAUCAUCAAGCACGACCACAUUGUUUCCACUAUUUACUCAACAUUUGGAGCUUUCUACAUCCCACUUGUAUUGAUUUUGAUCCUCUACUACAAAAUAUAUAGAGCAGCAAAGACAUUAUACCACAAGAGACAAGCAAGUAGGAUUGCAAAGGAGGAGCUGAAUGGCCAAGUACUUUUGGAGAGUGGUGAGAAAAGCACUAGAUUGGUCUCCACACCCUACACGCUGGAAAAGUCUUUAUCUGAUCCAUCAACAGACCUUGACAAACUUCAUGGCACAGUGAAAAGUUCCAGGUCUGAAUUAAAGCAUGAGAAAUCUUGGAGAAGGCAAAAGAUCUCAGGCACGAGAGAACGCAAAGCUGCCACUACCCUGGGAUUAAUCUUGGGUGCAUUUGUAAUAUGUUGGCUUCCUUUUUUUGUAAAAGAAUUAGUUGUUAAUGUCUGUGAAAGAUGUAAAAUUUCUGAAGAAAUGUCAAAUUUUUUGGCAUGGCUUGGAUAUCUCAAUUCUCUUAUCAAUCCACUGAUUUAUACAAUCUUUAACGAAGACUUCAAGAAAGCAUUCCAAAAACUUGUGCGAUGUCGCUGUUAGUUCAAAGAAAGUUAAUUAUUAAGGGAUGGAGCUUUUUGGAGGAGAAAUAGCUAAAUGAAUGCUAAGAAACAAAACAUUUAAGUUUUAGAGAAAAAUGUGUUAAAACUUCUAAAAUGAUAAGAAUUGAAUUUAUAUUUUAAUAGUAUCAUGAAUAUAAAAUUCAUUGAUAAAAUAUAAAAUUCAUCAUUCUAGAGUACUCAGAAAAUGACUUAUGCAGAUUAUGAAAAACAUUUUGCCUAUGCAAUGUUUAUAAAAAGCUAACUGGAUUUUAUACAUAUAUACAUAUACAUACCUAUAUAUUAUUAAUGACAGUGGUAUUCCAGGUUUAUGUCUUACAGCAAUUAUAGAGGAAUUUUUAAUUAACAACACAAUUCCAUCCAUAAUUUCUAUAUAAUCCUAUUGUUUUAUAUAAUUCUAUUAUUUUAUACAAAAUAUAUAAUUUACCACAAGGCUCACACUUCUCGUGUUACCUAACAACUCUUAUCCCUUAUCCAUCUUAUCCUGAGCAAAAGGAAGGAAGUAAUGGCUCUUACUUGGUGUGACUUGAGUAAACACAAAAGAGAGAUUGAUACUGUUUGAAUUUAGACAGUAAAGAGUAAUCAGAAAGUGAGUUAAGGAUAGAAAAGUAAUUCUGGAUGCAGGACUUGUACAUACUUAAGGUAUGUACUCUAUUUAAUGUAAGUUCCUAGAAGAAUAUUAUCUUAACCAUAGAUUAUCAACAUUUGAAAUCUAAGUCUUCACAAGGAGUCAAAGAAUUCAGUAGGGGUGGUGGAAAAGAUGGUGUUAUAACUGCCCCUUAUUUAUUUAGGAAUCAAACUUAAGGCAGUAUGUAUGCUAGGUUAUUUACCUAUACUUCUAUUGCCUUUUUAAUUUUUUUAUUAUUUAUUUGAUAGGCAGAGAGACAGAGGCGGACAGAGUUCCCGUCUGCUGAUUCACUUCCCAAAUGCUCACAAUGGCCCAGACUGGCCAGGCAGAAGCCAAGAGACAAGACCUCAAUCCAGGUCUCUCGCAUACAUGGCAAGGAUGCGAUUACUUGACCCAUCACAGCUUCCUCCCAGGCUGUGCAUUGGCAGGAAUUGAGAAUUGAUCAAAGGCACUCCCAGAUGGGACACAGGCAUAUCAAUCUCUAUGCUAAAUAUCCUUUCCCUCUAAUGUCUUUUUAAAAUAUAAAAUAUUAUUUCAUUAUAUUAACUUAGUAAGUUCAGUUUAUAAAUAAAAUGGGUACUUUGUAUUCAGCAUCUCCAUAUUUUUAUUUUAAUAUUUUUCCUUUUAUUAGAAAGAAUAUUCUACAGCCAUACCACCCUUAAUGCACCAUAUCUCAUCUAGAGAGAAUAUAAUAGGAAAUCUUAGUACUUUCUAUUGACUUCAAAAGAAUAUCAAAUUUUCCAACUGGUAGAAAUGAAUAGGCAAAGACUCAUAUUAUAGAAUGUAUGAGUUAGCCAUUUCUAAAUUUGUAUUUUUAUUGAAAGCAAUAAAACUGCUUCUGAGAGUUCAUCUUAUUUGAAACUACAAGGUCACUGACCACCUUUUAGAAAAUUAAUCAUCAAUUAAGAUCACUUGAAAACAACACAAUCCUUUUUUUAAAACUAUAACUUUAUGUAUGUUGUAAAAUAUUCUUUCUUGAUGGGAUGCUUAAGAGUGCAUUACAUCAAAGUUUUUUCAGCAUCUGUGACACAUUACUCUCAAUGUAUGAAAUUUUUAGAGUUCCCAUUUUAUCCAAGACAUUGAGACAUUUGCUAGAGAGAAGAUACAGAACGUGAUAAAUUUAGUUUUUCCCUUUAUAUGCUCACAAUCUAAAGUGAGAAACAAGAGAAAAAUGACAAAGCUAUAAUAGAAAAAAGCCAAAAAUCUAAUAGAGAAGUUAUGUAGUAAUGAGCGUUCAGAGUCAAAAUUUAUCACAUCUGUUUGACAAAAAUAAUUACAGAGCUGGCACUGCGGUAUAGCGGGUAAAGUUGCUGCCUGCAGUGCCAGUAUCCCAUAUGGGCGCUGGUUCGAGUCCCAGCUGCUUCAUACAGCUGCUUCCGAUACAGCUCUCUGCUCUGGCCUGGGAAAGCAGUAGAAGAUGGCCCAAGUCCUUGGGCCCCUGCACCUGUGUGGGAGACCUGGAAGAAGCUCCUGGCUCCUGGCUUCGGAUCAGCACAGCUCUGCUGCAACCAUCUUGGGGUUGAACCAGCAGAUGGAAGUCCUCUCUCUGUCUUUUGUUCUUUCUGACUCUGCCUCUCUGUAGCUCUGCAUUUCAAAUGAAUAAAUAAAUAUUUUAAAAAAUAAACAGAAAAAAUUAAAACCUAAAAAAAGAAAAAUUUCAUAAGCAAUGAAUUUAAAGCAUGCAUCAGCUAUACAAGAGAAAUGGAAGAACAAACUCCAGGUGGUCACAACACCAGGAGUUCGGGCUGCAUCAUCCAAGUAUGUUGUGGGGCGUCUUCAUGAAAGAGCUGUGAGUUUGGCAGUUAUUUAGAGGAAUAGAGGAAAGGGAGAGGAAAAGACAACUUUGCAUUAUUGUGGCUGACUUUGUCAGAAAAACAGUAUCUAUUGUAUUGUGUUGAUAUGAGUGGGUGGUCACUGAUGCUUUUUUCGUAUAAAUAUAGCAAAUUUAGGGCAAAUCUUUAAAAAAUUAUCUGAAUUGAGCAAUGAGGGCACUAUAAAUAAUGACUUGUUAGAAAACAAACCAAUAAUCCAAGAAAGAGGUGAUGAAGCCCUGUACUUGAUGCUGACAAUGGGAAUAAAAAGAAAGAAACAAGUGGGCAAUGUGAAGGAAGAAGCUACAGAAUGUGACAAAUACUUUAAUAUAAGCCAGCAAAGGGAAUCAUAUGGAGUGCUAUGAUAAUGUCAUCCUAUACUGACAUGUGGAUCUCAACAGAAUGAGCCCAAUGCUGAAAUAAUGACUUCUGGAUAUGGUAAGCACAUAAAGACAGGCCAGAUCAAAAGGCACUGCUGAACACUGGCAAGCCCGAACAAAAUGGACAGCUAGUUGAGAUUUCCCUCUGACCUCAAAACUGAAAGACCAAUAAGGCCACCUUUCUUGUCCUCACUUCUCUUUGUCUCCCAGAGCCCUUGUGUCUCCUGACAGUCCGAAGCCUACUAUAGUCCCUAGCAUUCUCUGCUUCUUUCUCUCUCCCAUUCUCACUUAUCAAAAUUUGCUUCAGUUACUUAUUCAUUCAAAGGACUUACCAAAGUUUAAAUAACCUGUUAAUUAGCUUACUUAACUUAUCUCAAAAUCUGUGAUACUUUUAAGCCUUACAUACACAGUUCAUCAACCUGGAAGAACAAUUUCAAACACAGGAAGAUUCACCCAAAUACACAUACUGCCCUCCGAUGUGAGUUGGACUGAUGCUGAAAUGUAGGAAGAUAGUACUAUAAGUGACAGAGAAGUCACAUCUCCGUUCAAAGCUCAUGGGAUCAAGUUUAUUACAUAUGUUUGAAGCCACUUUUUAUAAAAUUAAUUUAUUUGUUUUAAAGGCAGGGUAUCAAAAAGAGAGAGAGUCAGAGAGAGAGGGAGUGAAGGAGGGAGGGAGAGAUCUUCCAUUCACUGAUUCACUCUCCAAAUGCCCACAACAGCCAGAAGUAGGUCAGGCUAAAGCCAGGAGAUAGGAACUCCAUCUGGGUCUUCCAUGUAGGUGUCAGGAACCCAACUAUUUGGACCAUCAUCCACUGCCUCCCAGAUGCAUUAACAGGAAACAAAGAUAGGAAAUAUAGAGUAGCUGGGACUUGAACCAGGCACACCCAAAUAGAAUGUGGGCAUCUUAAGCAGUGUUUUAAUCCAUGGCACCACAACACCCACCCCAAGUCAUUUUUAAGUACUGACAGGCAAGGACACAUUGCAGUAAUUAAUUAUUCAUCUCUAUGUUUCCCUUUAUGCUGAGGAUACAGAUCAUUUCAUAUCUUGCAAACAAAUAUGAGUGAUUUAAUGCAUAUAAAUGGCAGAUAGUAUAGGGGCUCAUAACCAGCAAUUUAUACUUUCUUUAAAAUUUAUGAAAAACACAUUACACUUAACAUGAUAGACUUCUCUGAAUAUAUUAGAUUUAUUCUCUCACUAAAAAUUUUUCCAAGUUACUAAAAGCUGAGAAUUUAAAAAAAUAUUUUUCACACCUAUAUCAAAUGAAGCAAUAUAGUGAUUCAUUUAUUUACUGGAUAAGAUAGAAGAAAAAAAUCUAAAUGUUAUAGAAAGUGGAUAGAGAGUAAAUAAUGAAAAUUUACUUCUUGCUAUAACUUUAAGUAUACCAGCACCAGAAAAGUAGAAGUUUUUCUUUUCUUUUUUUUUUUUUUUUAAGAUUUAUUUGUUUGUUUGAAAGAGUUACAGAGUGAAAGGAAGAGUUCACUCCCCAGACGGCCACAACAGCCUGGGCUGGGCCAGACGGAAGCCAGGAACUAGGAAAUUCCUCCAGGUUUCCCACAUGGUACCGGGGGCAGAGCACUGGGGCCAUCCUCUCGCAGGCACACCAGCAGAGAGCUGGAUUGGAAGCAGAGCAGCCAGGACACAAACCAGCACCUCUAUGGGAAUCCAGUUUCACAGGCAGCAGCUUUACAGGCCCCCAGAGGUUUGUUGUUUUGUUUUGUUUUCCUAUAUUCCUAUAAAUCUCUCCAGAUGGAGGAUAUGUGAAAGGCAGAGACAAGAAAUCAGACACAUCGGAAGUCAAAGUACUGAAUACUAAACUGAAUCCAGUACUCUAUCAUUAGACCUAUGUGGACAAAUUGUGCUAAAAAAUUCACUUCUGCCUGUGAAACAUGAUGUUUACUCCAAUACUGGCUUAAGAAUACGGAUUGCCUUGGUUAAUAGGUGCUUUGUUUUGUUUUGUUUGAUAAUGCAGGGUCAAGUCCAUAACACAAAUCGCUUAUCCGGGUAUUGGCAGUUGAUGGGUAGGACCAGUUGCCUUUUUGAAUCUCCAAAAUCAGUCUUUCUUUCCCUUUUAUGGUGAGUUUGGGCCCCACCUAUCCAUCCCUAAUAUACCCUAGUGCAUGCAUGUUCCUUGUUUCUAUCAGUUAAAUCAGUUCCAAAUUAAUUCUCUUAGGAGAGGAUAACCCCACAUUCACAGGCUCUAUGUUAAGCUUGCCCCUGUGUAUAUGAGCUUUUUAUCAAAAAUAAAGGAAGAAUUCAUUAGAAGCCAAUUACUGGGUGUGUGUUGAUGUGCCCCACAAAAUAGAUAGGAUUAAUCAUAUGCUUAUUGCUAAAAUGUGUUCCUCUAUUUCCAGAAAGAAGCAAUUUUCUAAUGCAUUUAUAGAAGACUAUUUUUACUCCAAUGUCAUAGAAUCAAGUUUUCUGUAUUGCAAUAGAAAGGGAUUGUGAAGGAUUUUUCCUUAAUGUAUUUCAAAGUCCUUCAAAAAUAAUCCUGUCUGGUGCCAGACCUGUGAAACAGUGGGUUAAAGCCCCUGCCUGUAGCACCAGCACCCCAUAUGUCACCAGUUCAAAUCCUGGCUGCUCCACUUCCAAUCCUGCUCUUUGCUGCUGUACCUAGAAAAGCAGGAGGAUGGCCCUUGUGCUUGGGCCCCUGCACCUGUAUGGAGACCCCGAAGGAGCUCCUGGCUCCUGGCUUUGGAACAGCUCAGCUCUGGCCAUUGCCGCCAUUUGGGGAGUGAACCAGUGGAUAGAAGAUCUCUUUCUCUCUGUCUCUAGCUCUCUCUGUAACUCUGUCUUUCAAAUAAAUAAAAUAAAUUUUAAAAAAUCCUGUUCAACUCAAAAUGUGUCCAUAUUGAUUUGUUUCAGAAAAUGUGUUUCUAAUAUUCUCCUAAUAACCAAAGUGAUUAUAUUUAGAUCUUUAUUUUGCCAGGAAAGAUUUCUAAAAGCAAAUUAAUAUUUUUAUUAUGAAUAAAGUAUUUUCUUAUGACUUUGUGAUCAUUAUUCUUGGGCUUUUCAAUCAAUAUGUUUUCUCUCACUAUUUAAAAUAAGGGACUUUUUCCUGAGAGAAAUGUUUCCCAGCAAUAUAAUGAAUGUUUGGAUAUUGAUAUAGAAUGUCUUCUCUAUAUGUGGUAGUACUUGAAAUCCACUUGGGAAAGACAGAACUUUCUCUGAGGAUGUAUACUCUCUGACUAAGCCACGAACCAUAAGAAUCCUGUAUAAAAAAAUGCAUGAGAUUGUCUCUAUCAACAAUACCAACAAUAAAUCAUGUCAAACAGUCUUUUAUUAAAGCUUGUGUUUAGUCAGAACUCUACUAUUUACCAAGGAGAGUUUCCACCUCAGCAAGGACACUAAAAUUAUGUUACUGGCUUACACAGACACAGCAAACUUGCUGUGCCUUUCUUCCUGUGUUCCCCAUAUCUUUUCAUUGUGUUCUGUGAAUGUCCCCGAACUAUAUAUCUUUAAUAAUCAUGUCUAAAAUGAUAUUUUAUAUAUGCUGUGUCAUGAUUUAUUAUAUAAUUAUAAUUGUAUUAUAUGGCUGAAUCUACUACCUUGGGGUUUCCUCUAUCUCAAUUAAUAAAGGAAUAUUUUACUCAGCCCCCUACCCCACCACUUAUACAUCCGUUGAUCUAUUUUCUGUUUCUGUUAGUCAGCUUUGCUGGGUCAAGGCUAUCAAGGCCCUAGUUAGGAGGGUGUGUGCAAUAGCGUGUGUGUCCAUAUUGCAAGGCUAAUGUGAAGAACUGAACUGUGGGGGGAAAAAUGAUUUCCUUAGCCCAGCCUACUAUUGAACUUAAAGAUGAAGAUGGAAGUAGAAAGAAGAGGAUUUUUCAAUAGGAAGGAAAAAGGCUACUUCAAGUUUCAGAUUUUAAAAAUCAGUGUGCAGAAGAGUCACUCGAGAUGCUUGUUAGAAAAUUCCAAGAAGUCUGAGUCCCUAAGCCCAAAGUAGAACACAAGAAUCUGAGUCCUUAGCAAGAAUCCUGGGUUAUUCUAACGAGAAUGAAGCUUGUGGAGCUCUGGGUCUGGACACCACUGUUUUAAAGCUCCAAGCCAGUUCAGUGUUUCUGUUGAACCAUGGUUACAGUAAGUGGAAAUACACCAUGACUUUAUCAGAUGACCUCCA